CCCGAUGCCGAUCGAUACCUGAGCGGCGAUGCUGAGGGCGGCGGGAUAAGUGAGAGGAUACCGGACCAGGCCACCGAUCGGACAGGCACCAAGAAUAUCAAGACGGAAAAUCGGACUGACACCAAGGAUAUCGAGCCGAAAACGGAAAAUCUAAACUGUCAAACCCAGAUCAAACUCGAUCCCGGCGAAGACUUCGAUGCUAACCCCCCAAUCUACCCGGCCGAGGGCGUCGACCUACGAGAUCCGCUGGCGGGAAGAGCAGCAACGACCACCUCACAGGAUGCCGAGGACGAGGACGAGAUAUAUUACCACGAGAGUGGCGAUCUCUCAGCUGAAGAUCUCGAGGGAAACCUGGCUGUCCUCCCCGAAAUCCCGAUCUCGACGACCGCGAAGGUCAGCAUCAAGGAUCUGCAUGUGGGAGACUCCGGAUCGGCCACACCCGAGGAGAUCGAGAAGCUUCGGCAGCAGAUCGUUUGGAAGAAGCAGCACCUCCUAAUCGGCAAAGGGAACGCCUUACCCCUGGCGGCCAAGGACGUCGUGUGUGAUAUCGAUGUCGGAAAUGCGAAACCGAUCGCAUUGCGAACCCGGAAAGUGCCCCCGCGAUUUCGAAUUUAUCAACGCCUCGUAGACAACGCGUUGUAUGGAUAUCUGAAAAUCCCGCGAUCAAGCGACGCCGGGAAUACAACGGACGUGUUCCAGACAGGGAUCGCGGACGAUCCUGAUCGUGCCUCAGUGUUGGGACGAAGAUCAUACAUUGACAACAUCAUGAUCGCUGUGGAGGCGUGGGAUCAAAUGUGCCAAAGGGUAGGAUAUUUGGGGCACCGAGUGUCGAUCGAAGGUCUAGAGGCGAAUCCAAAAGAUCUGAAAUCCCUGACCGAUCUAUCAUUCCCCGGAUCACUUCGAUCUAUGCAGUCGUUCCUGGGUAGUCUCAACUAUUACAGCCGAUUUAUUGAAGACUACGCUAUUUACGUCUCGGUGCUAUACGAACUACGCGAGGUGGAGUUUCCAGAAUUGGAGAAACGAUCUGAUCUGAGGAAGGUUAUGGACCAGAACGACCCGAUCGCACGGGAUAAUGCCACACCAGAGCAUCCAUUGGCGGGGUCAUUAGAUGAGAGGUGGAUCAAGCCUUCAUCACCCUGA